AUGGCGGCGCCCAGCUCCUAAUCCGGGAAACGUGCACAGGGACGAAUUGGGGUCUCGGGGCAGCCGGGCAAGGCCUGGUUGGGCGACGCCCUUGGAUGUGCUGUGUGAGGACCGUCCUGUGGCUAAGCCGGACACUCCGCUCCGCCCGUCGUGCCCGCAGGACCGGCCUGAUGGACGGGCCGCCUUCCCCAGCCCCGGUGGAAAACGGCGCCCGGCCCCACGACGAAGAGCGCUCACCUGCCGCCCAGGAGACCAUGGUCACCGAGGGGGCCGCCCAGAUCGCCUACCCCAGCGCCAAUGAAGUCUUCUACAACCCGGUGCAGGAGUUCAACCGGGACCUGACAUGUGCUGUGAUCACCGAGUUCGCACGCAUUCAGCUUGCGGCCAAAGGAAUCCAGAUCAAGGUGCCCGGGGAAACAGACUUGCAGAAGAUGGUCGUGAACUUGUCGGAGCUAGAGGAGGAGCUGGCUGAUGGGAAAGCGGAGGACAACACCCAGGCCUGCAGAGACCAACCUGCCAAAGUCGCUGUUGUCGGGGAGGUCUGCGAGGAAGGCCUCUGGGUGCUGGAGGGCCUGGCGGCCUCUGGCCUCCGCUCCAUCCGCUUUGCCCGAGAAGUGCCGGGGCUCCGGUCCGUGGUGGCCAAUGAUGCGUCCUCCCGGGCUGUGAAUCUCAUUCGUCACAACGUGGCACUCAACGGCGUGGCCCACCUGGUGCAGCCCAGCCAGGCAGAUGCCCGGACGUUGAUGUACCAGCACCAAAAGGUGUCAGAGCGCUUCGACGUCAUCGACCUGGACCCCUAUGGCAGCCCUGCCCCGUUCGUGGACGCGGCCCUGCAGGCUGUGAGCGAAGGAGGUCUGCUUUGUGUCACCUGCACGGAUAUGGCGGUGCUGGCAGGGAACGGCGGGGAGACUUGUUAUAGCAAGUACGGGGCCAUGGCCCUCAAGAGCCGCGCCUGCCACGAAAUGGCGCUGAGGAUGGUCCUGCACUGCCUGGACCUGCACGCCAACUGCUACCAGCGCUUUGUGAAGCCUCUGUUGAGCAUCAGCGCCGACUUCUAUGUGCGUGUCUUUGUACGGGUCUUCACGGGCCAGGCCAAGGUCAAGGCCUCUGCCAGCAAGCAGGCGCUGAUCUACCAGUGUGUGGGCUGCGGUUCCUUCCACCUGCAGCGCCUGGGAAAGGCGUCUGAAGCCAAGGGGGGCCGAGUCAAGUUCUCUCCCGCCUUUGGGCCCCCCGUGGGUCCAGAGUGCGAGCACUGCGGGCAGCGACACCAGCUUGGCGGCCCCGUGUGGGCCGAACCCAUCCAUGACCUGGACUUCGUGGGCCGCGUCCUGGACGCCGUGAGCGCCAACCCAAGCCGCUUCCAUACCUCCGAGCGGAUCCGCGGUGUCCUGAGCGUCAUCACCGAGGAGCUACCAGAUGUGCCUCUGUAUUACACCCUGGACCAGCUGAGCGCCACCAUUCGCUGCAGCACGCCCAGCUUCCUGCAGCUGCGGUCUGCCCUCCUCCACGCUGGCUUCCGGGUGUCCCUGUCACACGCCUGUAAGAACGCAGUGAAGACGGACGCGCCCCCCGAGGCCGUCUGGGAUAUCAUGCGUUGCUGGGAGAAGGAGUGUCCGGUGAAACGCGAGCGGCUCUCCGAGAGCAGCCCGGCCUUCCGUAUCCUUGCGGUGGAGCCCAGGCUUCAGGCCAACUUCACCAUCCGGGAAGACGCCAACCCCAGCUCACGCCAGCGGGGACUCAAGCGCUUCCAGGCCAACCCUGAGGCCAACUGGGGGCCCCGACCCGCGCACCCAAGGGUAAGCCCGGGGGGUCAGGCGUCCAAGGCAACCCUGGAGGAAAAACGGCGGCUGCGGCAGAAUAAGCGGAAGGACCUUGCUGAGGACCAGGUGCAGCGGGCCGAGCACCUCAAGACCUUCCCCUGCAAGAAGUUCAAGGAGGGCACCUGUCCACGGGGGGACAGCUGCUGCUACUCCCACAGCCCCCCAGAAACCCAGGCCACCGCAGAAGCCGACCCCACGGACUGCCAGGAGACGCCCACGGAGAACCCCCCUUGCCCUGGGUCCCCUGCGCGACCCCAAGUGGAUUGAGCCAAUAAAGAGAUCUCUAACCUU